AUACAAAAUUAAAAAGAGAAAAAAGAAUUAAGAAAAUUUUUACAAAAGCCAUAUGCAGAUUGCUCUCAUCAUUCUCUCCCCGGAUCUGUGUUUUGUUUUUUCCCAAAAUUCCAUAAAGAUAAAAUAAUAUUAUAUUCAUUCUUGGUCCCCACCAUUUUUUUUCCCCCUUUUCCCCUUCGUUUUCCAACCCAAUAUCCAGUUUUUGUGGUUCAAUCUGUAUGCAUAUUUUUGUCAACGUUUGUGUCUCAAUCUAGAAGAACCCCUUCUUGUUCGGAUAAAGAAAUCAAGUUUUGUUUUGUGUCGUAUAUUUCAUUUUAGAAAUUGCUGAUAAAAUGGUUGUUCUCAGAUUGUAGCCCCCUUUCAUGAUUUGGGUCUGAAUCAUUGGAGGAUGGAGAUGUCUACCCAGCGAGAUAAUUCUGGUCCCAACAAAGUUUCAGGAUCAAGUUCUUGCCUAUAUGAUCUCUUAUGUUCAGACGCACCGAAUUGGAGAUGCCCAAGCGACCAACGAACACAAUCUGGUCCACAAGAAAGGCUAGAGAUUUUGUUGCAUCAAUCUGCCAAUAGGUCCUGUGCAGAUUGUGGAUCUCUAGAUCCAAAAUGGGUAUCUUUAAGCUUUGGAGUAUUUAUUUGUAUAAAAUGUUCUGGUGUACAUAGAAGCCUGGGAGUGCAUGUAUCAAAGGUUGUAUCAGUGAAGCUAGAUGAAUGGACAGAUGAAGAAGUUGAUAUCUUGGCGAGCAUGGGAGGAAACGUUGCUGUAAAUAAGAAGUAUGAAGCUUGCUUGCCAGAAAAUGUCAAAAAACCAAAACCAGAUUCUUCUAUAGAGGAGCGCUAUUAUUUUAUUAGGAGAAAAUAUGAGCUGUUAGACUUUUUAAACCCCAAUGAACAUACGUCCUGUCCUUUUCCGCCUUCUCAUAAGAAGUCACCUUCUAGCAAUUCAACCAAUAAUUCUACCCAAGAUAAGAAACAGUAUGAAAAACAACCAACGAAACAUCGUAUUGGGCAGGCAUUUCGUAACAGCUGGGGAAGAAAAGACUCUGAACAUAAGACUGCGAAGAAGGGCAACUCAAUGCCAAUGGCAGGUAUGGUUGAAUUUGUUGGAUUAGUUAAGGUGAAUGUUGUUAGAGGAACCAACCUAGUUGUACGGGAUGUGAUGACAAGCGACCCCUACGUCAUCCUGGCAUUGGGUCACCAAUCAGUGAAGACACGUGUUAUUAAAAACAACUUAAAUCCAGUAUGGAAUGAGAGCCUGAUGCUGUCAAUUCCUGAACACAUUCCUCCUCUAAAAGUGCUGGUGUAUGACAAAGAUACAUUCACAACUGAUGAUUUUAUGGGUGAGGCUGAAAUUGACAUUCAACCUCUGGUGAGUGCUGCCAUAGCCUAUGAGAAGUCCACAAUCAAUGAGCCGGUGCAGCUUGGAAAGUGGGUAGCCAGCAAAGAAAAUACACUGGUAAAAGACGGUGUCAUCAACCUAGUAGAUGGGAAAGUAAGACAGCAAAUCACUCUCAGGCUGCAGAAUGUUGAGAGGGGUGUACUGGAGAUUGAGCUUGAAUGUGUUCCUCUUAAUCAAUAGCUGGAAUAGAAAGUUAAGGAAAUGAAACUCGGUGGCCAUUAUGAUUCUGAGGUUGCAACUCACCAUGAUAGAUGUAUGUUAUAUUGUAGAAGUCAUUGUAUUGAUAGCUGUGUUAAGCGAGCCUUGGCUGUAUAUUACUGUAGUUUUUUUUUUUUUUUCCUUUUUGUGUAGAUAAGAAGUUUAGGAAAAUU